CUAGACAUGUGAGCACCACUUAUAAAUAGAGCUUCCCUUUAGGACUCAAAACAUUCAGCGCUAACAUCCAGGCACAAGUGAUGCUGCGUAAGAGUGUUACGGAGAGCUUCGGAGCCACCAUCCACGCCCUGGGCGCCGGCCAUCUGACCAAUGGCGUGAUUAGGCGCAGCAAACGGAUGAUGCUGGAUACCCUGGGGGUGGGUUUGCUGGGAUCCACUACGGACGUCUCAAGCAAAGCGCUCAAGUAUAGCCAGCUGUUCCGUUCGGAGGAGAAGAGCAGCGUUUGGGGCAAAGCGGCCAUCACCGUACCGCCGCACUUUGCCGCAUUUGUCAACGGCGUGGCGGUUCACUCAAUGGACUUUGACGACACGUGGUACCCUGCCACCCAUCCAUCGGGGGCCGUGUUGGCCGCUCUGCUGGCUUUGGCGGAAGUCACGCCCAAGAGGCCCACCGGUGCGGAGCUGCUGCUGGCCUUCAACGUUGGAAUCGAGGUGCAGGGUAGACUUUUGAGGUUCUCCCGAGAGGCCAUCAAUAUCCCCAAAAGAUUUCAUCCUCCCAGCGUGGUAGGCGUGAUGGGCAGCGCGGCGGCCUGCGCUAAACUUCUGGCUCUACCUUCCCGACAAUGCGCCAACGCCCUGGCUAUCGCGGCGUGCUCGGCCGGAGCGCCGCUCGCCAACGCCGCCACUCAAACCAAACCCCUGCACAUGGGUUACGCCGCCCAGAGGGGCCUGGAGGCCGCUCGGCUAGCCCGGGCGGGUCUGGAGGGCAACCAGUCCAUCCUGGAUCUGGAGCACGGCUACGGGGUUUACUACCAAGACUACGACCCGCACGCCAUGACGCUGCCCGGGGUCGACGGUUCAGCUUGGGUCCUGGAGGAGCAGGACGUUGCCUUCAAGCGCGUGCCGGCCCAUUUGGGGAUGCACUGGGUCGUGGACGCUGCUUUGGCAGCUCGUGCUAAACUGCCCGACGGGGACGACGCGGUGGAUCAGAUUGAACGCAUCACCCUCAAAGUUCCGCCGUCUAAAUACAUCGACUGCCCUUUCCCCGCGACGGAGCACCAAGCCAGGCAUUCAUUCCAGUUCAACGCCUGUUCGGCCAUUCUGGACGCCGGCGUGUCGGUGGGUUCGUUCGACAAAUCUCAGAGGGAGCGCCCCCGUCUCCUCAAGCUCUUGAGCAAAGUCGUGGUGCACGUGCCAGAGGAUAACCCGGCCAGCUUUGAUGAAAUGUACAGCGAGGUCGUCAUCGAAACCCGUGCAGGGGAGCGCUUCUCAGCCAGGUGCAAUACCUUCUACGGACACUGGAGGAAACCUUUGCAGCGUGAAGAUUUGGUGGACAAGUUCAUGGCCAAUGCUUCGUCGGUGUUGAGCUUGGAGGGAGCGGAAGGGGUGCUGGACGCCAUAGACAACAUGGAGACUGAGAAAGACUGCACUUCCUUACUGUCAUUUUUGAGAAUGACCGCUGAGGAACAUAACAAUGACUCUUUGGCUUGGUCUCAGAGUCAAUAAUUCAUUCAAAUCAGUGGUUUCAGGGCCACUUUCAGAAAAAUCAAAAGAUGCAAGAGCCAACUUAAAAUUUUUAUACUUAAAUUUUUUUUUUAACUGUCCAGUUCAGGUGCUUAGACACACAGAAUAAGUGUGUAGAGCUGAAAUGAAUACUCGAGCAACUCGAGUAACUCGAGUUUAAAAACUGAUCCGAGUAAUUUUAUUCACAUCGAGUAAUCGUUUAUUUUGACAGCUGUAAGCAUCACGUUUUGCUCGGACUACUUUUAAUGCGGGACAACGCGCUGAUGUCACGUGCGUAGAGGAAGAAGCAAAAAAAAAAAAAAAAAACUUACUGCAGCCGACAGCCGCUACAAAUGACGCCGACGUUGCUAAAUACUAGCCCGCACGAUGCUACGUUGGUAACAGGUAGCGUCUGAUGCGUCUCAUAGAGAUCACAUGUAUGUUGAACUAGAUGCGAAAUGACAGACUCGGCCACAUCUGGGCAGCGUUAGUAAACAGCCGCCAUCUUAAAGCAGUAGAGCGCUAAGCGCUAAUAAAUAAGAUUAUCAUUACUGUCACUAGCUCACGUAACGUUAGCCAUGCGGAGGGCUAGGUUUCUAUUAAUUAUGACCACUGUCGAUGCGUGGCUAACGUGUCUUACAUACAGGCUUUAACAUAACAUAGCAUUGUGGAGUGAUGAGGGUGUAAAAUAAAAACUUCAUAAUGCUAACUAUCAAUUUUAGCUCAGUAGUCAUUGCUGGAUAAAACACCAAGUAGCACUGGUCCCUAAUGUGCUCCAAUACAGCCUGUAUCAUACAUUUAUUUUGAACACUGCAAAAAGUCCAAAUCCUAUCAGGACUUACAGUUUAGACUAAUUUAAGACUUAACCAGAACUUAAAAAUGGCUUGACACAAAUAGAAAUUCAAUUGAAACACGUGGGGAAAAAAAUCCUAACUUUUAAGUGAUGUGUGUUAUCAAGCGUAAUGACAUUUUUAGGUAAGAAAUAUAUGUAUAUAUAUUUUUCAUCUGAUCUAAAAGUUUUUGGAGUGAAAGCAGUGAAUUAGUCUUUUUUUUUGCCACAUUUGCGAUGCAAUUGUUGGCUGUUUUCAACAAGAUACAUCGAAAAUAAAGACAUUGAUUGACUGAAAAUGGUUCAUGAUUAGAUGAAAUGUCUUGUUUUCUCAUGUUUAUUUAUAAUUGCUCUUCACCUAAAAAAUAUAUUUGUUUUAUCCGAUUACUCGAUUAAUCAAUAGAAUUUUCAGUCGAUUACUCGAUUACUAAAAUAUUCGAUAGCUGCAGCCCUAUAAGAGUGUGCUCACAGUCUGAACAAGGGAGUUUGAUAUACCGUUUAUUAUGUUUUAGUUAUUAGGCAAAAGCAGCGAACUAGAAGGGGUUAUGGGAGGACAGAAAGGAAAGAAGCAGACAAAAGAGGAGAAGAACAACAACAAUAAAACAUGAAACGGCUAUGCGACCUAUGAACAUUGCUACAUCUUCGACUGUCGUUUGUUAAACAGAGGAUCGGAAUCAGGUAAAAAGAAAAAAAAGAUCGGGCAUAGACUUCAUAAUGAUAUUGAUGGGACACGGGGUGCGGGGCCGAUUAAUAGGGGGCCUAUCUUGGUCAAAGCUGACCGAGUAGAAACACAGACAAAGAGCUUUUUACAUUGAAAAUUUAUGUCAAUAAAUCCCUGAAUUCUUUAUAGAUAUGGACGUAAAACAGUCUCGAUCCUUGGUUAAAAGCAAAAAAACGGGUAGUUAGCAUUUAUUUUACGUAAAUAUGGUGAAUGUACUGCUAGUCUUUAAGACACUGUGGCACCGCCUUAUCACAACAAAAAGCUUUUUACGUUUUUAAAUUCUCAAUUCCCUGAAUUCUUUACAAAUAUGGACAUAAAACAGUCUCAAUUCUUGGUUAAAAGCAAAAAAAAAACGGCAGUUGGCAUUUAUUUUACGUAAAUAUUGCGAAUUAUGACACCAAUGCCGUAGCGGUUAAUUUCUCCGAUUGAUUUUUUCACACAACGUUUCAACAAAAAAUAUAAUAAUAUAAUAUAAUAAUUACCUUGCAUCCUCAAACAAAUCACUCCUGAGACAAUCCUUCCUGUUUGUAUGCAGUCCAGCUUUAGUAAUUUUUCAACCUAAAUCCGGCGUUGGAUCGCUGCAUGUGUGGAAUAACUGCGACCGACUUCGACUGACUGAAGCAGAGUGUAGGACGGCCCCCUACUAGAAGGCAUGGUGCAGUGUAUGGGAAAUGUGACCCCGUUAACUAUGAAGUCAAUGGAUCGGGUGUUUAAAAUGUAUUCAUUUUUAAGGAUUAACUCGUUAUCCCCCAUUAUUAUGUGUUAUUAUGUAUUAAUAAUGGUUAAUCAUGGCAUGACUUUCCCUUUCGUACAGCACCAUCGAGUCGAUGUAUAACACAACCCCAACCACGACUAGUACUACUUCGGGCUGCAGCUAUCCAUUUUAGUAGUCAAUUAAUCUAUGGACUAGUUAGUUCGAGUAAUCGGAUUGGGAGCUUAGCCUCAAACGUUAUAAAUAUAAACAAUGAGGAUCUAAGUACAACAAAAGGACAGAAUGGUUAACUUCCAUAGCAAAUGUCCUCUAGCUUAAAUGCUAUAAAAUGCUAAUGUUUUUAGUUUACAUUGCUCUUAACAAAUCGUUCCAGCACAUAUUCCCACAAAAACGGCUAACUAUAACUAUAAACUAGGGGUGUCAAACGAUUAAAAUUUUUAAUCGAGUUAAUUACAGCUUAAAGAUUAAUUAAUCGUAAUUAAUCGCAAUUAAUCGCAAUUCAAACCAUCUAUAAAAUAUGCCAUAUUUUUCCGUAAAUUAUUGUUGGAAUGGAAAGAUAAGACACAAGAUGGAUAUAUCCAUUCAACAUACGGUACAUAAGUACUGUAUUUGUUUAUUAUAACAAUAAAUCAACAAGAUGGCAUUACCAUUAUUAACAUUCUGUUAAAGCGAUCCAUGGAUAGAAAGAGUUGUAGUUCUUAAAAGAUCAAUGUUAGUACAAGUUAUCGAAAUUUUAUAUUAAAACCCUUCUUCAUGUUUUCGUUUUAAUAAAAUUUGUAAAAUUUUCAAUCAAAAAAUAAACUAGUAGCCCGCCAUUGUUGAUGUCAAUAAUUACUUACACAAUGCUCAUGGGUGCUGAAGCCUAUAAAAUCAGUCGCACCCAAGCGCCAGCAGAGGGCGCCAAAACUCCGAAAAAUACAAACAGUACACAUUUCACUGUGCUUUCAUUUUAAUCUGUUUGAGCGGGGCAUUUGUGCGAUAAUUGCGUCAAAUAUUUUAACGUGAUUAAUUUUAAAAAUUAAUUACCGCCCGUUAACGCGAUAAUUUUGACAUAUUGAUAUUGGUUAAUCAUGGCAUAACUUUCCCUUUCGCACAGCACCAUCGAGUGGAUGUAUAACACAACCCCAACCACGACUUUCACUCCUACUUAGGGCUGCAGCUAUCCAUUUUAGUAGUCAAUUAAUCUAUGAACUAGUUAGUUCGAAUAAUCGAGUAAUCGGAUUGAGAGCUUAGCCUCAAACGUUGUAAAAAUAAAAAAACAAAUGAGGAUCUAAGUACAACAAAAGGACAAAAUGGCUAACUUGCAUAGCAAACGUCCUCUAGCUUAAAUGCUAUAAAAUGCUAACGUUUUUAGUUUACAAUGCUCUUAACAAAUCGUUCCAGCACAUAUUCCCACAAAACGGCUAACUAUAACUAUAAACUAAAUUACGAAUGCAUUAAAAAAAACAACAGCUGAAUUCAGCAAUGUUAGAUGAGUUAUGUCAUAUUCACGGUUUCCGCUAGAGGGCACUAUAUCCACCCAAAUCAAUAAAAAUAAAUGUUAACACUUUCAAAACAAAUUAUUUCGAGUUGUUGCGGUCAUGUUUUUUUGCUCCCGAUCCGAUCCCGAUCGUUUUAGUUUGAGUAUCUGCCGAUCCCGAUAUUUCCCGAUCCGAUUGCUUUUUUUUUUGCUCCCGAUUCAAUUCCAAUCAUUCCCGAUAAUUUUUCCCGAUCAUAUACAUUUUGGCAAUGCAUUAAGAAAAAAAUGAAUAAAACUCGGACGAAUAUAUACAUUCAAUAUACAGUACAUAAGUACUGUAUUUGUUUAUUAUGACAAUAAAUCCUCAAGAUGGCAUUUAACAUUAUUAACAUUCUUUCUGUGAGAGGGAUCCACGGAUAGAAAGACUUGUGACUUUGUAUAUUGUGACUAAAUAUUGCCAUCUAGUGUAUUUGUGAGCUUUCAGUAAAUGAUACUGAAGGCCAUGCCCAAUGCAUGAUGGGAAAUGGAACCAUGACAAGUGAAACAACGACUGCGCGUAGUGCUACCAAUUCAUAUAUCUUCUCUGCGAUGGGAUAUAAUUCAAGGUGUUAAGAAAAGGAUCAAUUGCUACCUUGCUUCCUCACAUUGCUUCCCAUGAUAUUUCUAAUCGCAGGGAGAGGAAUUGUGAGGUUGUAGCCGGUUAAAAUAAGGCUCCAAAGGCUGCCUAAAUUCACUCUACUCAGUUUACGCUGCCGUUUAGCUCUCUAUAUUGUCAAAACGGCGCCAUUACAGAUGAUGCGCAACAAUGCGCGAGUGGGUCGUACAGCGCAUGCAAUUAUUGCGUUAAAUUUUUUAGUGUGAUACAGUCUAAAAAAAUUAAUUACCGCCGUUAUUGGGAUACAUUUUAAUAACCCUACCUUAAGCCUAAACUAAAGACUCUGGAUAAGUGUAACAUAUUAUGUCUGUAACGUUAAAUACAAUUAGAAAACGAUUUAAUUUAAAAAAUAUAUAUUAAUUAAAAAAAGGUAUGGCCGAUAUUUUUUUGCCGAUUCCGAUACUUUGAAAAUGACGUGAUCGGACCCCGAUCAAUCGGGACAUCUCUAAUUAAAAUGUCACUUUAAUUAAACGAAUCCUCAAAGCAGCAAAAUUUAAUUCGAAGCUUUUUUUCUAAUCUAAUUAUUCGAGUUUGUCCAUAAAACGUUGCAGCACUACUACUACUACUACUACUGCGCCUUAUAAUCCGCCCUCUAUAGGCUAUGAGACCAGUUUUGAAAUAGGCCAUUCACUGAAGGUACACCUUACACUCCGAUGCUCCAGAAAAUACGGUACAUGUACAUAUCAUUGUUUUCUUUUGUGUACAGUAUAUCCAUAGACAUACUUUGGGGAAAAAGGGGUGGAAACAUCUCUUUACAAUGCUGUUGAAUCUGAAUAUAUUGAUCUUUUUUUUUUUAAUGUAAAUAAGCUGCGCCCCUACUUUGCUUAUUUUCGGAUGGAUCACUUUUUUUUUUUGUUUUGUUUUGUUUUUUCACUUAAAUGAGAACCAAUUGGUUUCUGUGACACUGGUGACCUCUGCUGGCGGAAACAUAUCUGUGUCUUCUCCGUGUUGCCGCAAAGGUUUCAGCGAUUUUGAGGGAAUUUCUUUACUAAUGGCAUGGAAAGAAAUACCAACUCAUUUCAUCAAAUUGACAAACAUCUACAAAUGAAGCCAGAUUCCGAUGAUUUAUUGUACAAGGAAUGCCGUUUUGUUUACUUCUUGUGGCAGCUAACUCAUAACUUUGCGUGCAGUUAUCGUUUCUUUUUGGAAUAUUUGAUAUGUAAUCACCAUUACACUGUGUUUAUUGAUUUUACUCUUGUCUAAGUACCUGAACUAGUGUUGGUCUAAAGUAAAGAUUCAUGUUUUAUCAUUGAUGUGAUUAAUCACGGUUGAUUUUAAUUAUCAUGGUGCAAUUAUAUGCAUUGAACGCAGUAGCACAGAUAUUAAAUACCAUGGAUGUUUGAAUGCGUUUUUUUUUUACCUAUAAAAUGAUGUUGUAGACCAUUUCUGAAAUGCACUUUG